GCUGAUUUCAAUUCUGUCAAGUCAGUUUUUUGUCUUUGCUGGCUUCCUUAUAGGAGAUGUGGUCUCUGUAGCCCAGGCUGGUGCUGGAACUUGUCAGUCCCCUGAUUAAGCUUCCAGACUGCUGUAAUGGAAGCUCUGCACCCUCGCUUCACCACUGAAGUACAGCUUUUCCUUUCUCUGGUUCAUUUCAUUAGUGUGACCUAACAACCACAGAUGAGCACUGUCCACUUACGUGCUGAGGGAGUGCCCACCUAAUGGGGUUCCGACAGUGGGGUUUCUGAGCCUCAUUCUUUGUUGAGAGGAGCUUUGUGCUUUGGCGUGUGGUUAGCACCCAGGGCGUCUGCCCUCACAAUAUCAGGGUUACCAGUUCCCUUGCUCUAGCAGCUGAAAGUGUUAGGCUGGUAAGCACCACGGCCCCAGUUGACAACUCAGGGCUUGCGGGGCAAGCAGAGCUGGGGACUUAGAUUCAGGGUGUCCUUCCAGCACUCAGGAGGAAGGAGGAUUGCCAUGAGUUCAAAGCCAGCCUAGGCUGCAGAGUAAGAACCUAUCUUAUCUACCUCUGUGAAAGUGGAGGACAGAUAGCCAUACCACUAGCAGGAGACUUGGAAAACAAUUAUCUGCUAUUGCUUUUCCCUGAGUAAGGGCCAAAGGUCCCAGUAGAAAAUUGUGUUACAUCUAUACAAUCGUAACCACUAAUUCCAAAACAUUGCAUCACCCUAGAAACAAACCCUGCCAACUAUUCUCCUGCUGCUUGUCUGUGUAUGUUACCUGUUCUGGGCAGUUCACAUGAGUGUGAUUACACACGAUGGUCACACUCACCUUAGUGUGUUGCUGUUUCUUUUCUUGAGUAAUGUUCCACUUUAUGGACCAUGUUUUGUUCGUUCAUCUGGUGGGUGUUUGAGUUGUUUCCACCUUUUGUUGGCUGUUGGGAAUUGUGCUUUCUUGAAUGUUGGUAUAAUGAGUCUGCUUUGUAGGAUUGCAACUGCUUGACUGUAGGGAAAUUCUCAGUUGGAUUAUUGAGCUGAAGGCUGUUGCCAUAGUAACUGUUGUCACCACUGUCUGGUGCCUUCUACAGAGUCCCUGGCUGGAGAGCUGGCUCUCUGUCAUGCUUAUACUGGCUUAUUCAGGGGACCAGAGGGACCAUACAGUGCUGGAGUGUGUCCAUAAGUGGCUGGGGACGCCCCAGUCUUGCCCUGUGACCUUGAGCAUGGGCAGGAGCUUUGUUUUUUAGCACUUCUUGUCUGUCUACGAUCAUCAGCCCAGUUUGGUCUCUGGUUGUCUGUUGAAGCUCAGCCCCUAAUACCUGAGAAUACUACUGCGUGUUGGCCUCUGAUCCUUGAGUUCUGACCUGCCACAGGAGGAGAAUUCCCACAGCCACGGUGACUGUGGUGAGGAUUUCAAGCAGAUGUCCUACAAGGAGGACAGAGGCCAGGUGCCCUUGGAGUCGGACUCUGUGGAGUUCAACAAUGCUAUCAGCUAUGUGAACAAGAUCAAGACCCGCUUUCUGGACCACCCUGAGGUCUACAGGUCCUUCCUGGAGAUUCUUCACACCUACCAGAAGGAACAGCUGCACACUAAGGGUCGUCCAUUCCGUGGUAUGUCUGAGGAGGAGGUCUUUACAGAGGUGGCCAACCUCUUCCGUGGUCAGGAGGACCUGCUGUCAGAGUUCGGACAGUUCCUGCCUGAGGCAAAGCGGUCCCUGUUCACAGGCAGUGGGGCGUGUGAGAUGAACAGCGGACAGAAGACCGAGGAGAAGAGUCUGGAACACAGCAAGAAGCGCUCUCGGCCCUCGCUCCUGCGCCCUGUGUCUGCUCCAGCCAAGAAGAAGAUGAAGCUGCGAGGCUCCAAAGACCUGUCCAUCGCCGCCGUGGGGAAAUACGGCACCCUGCAGGAGUUCUCCUUCUUCGACAAGGUGCGCAGGGUGUUGAAGAGCCAGGAGGUGUACGAGAACUUUCUGCGCUGCAUCGCGCUCUUCAAUCAGGAGCUGGUGUCUGGCUCUGAGUUGCUGCAGCUUGUCAGCCCGUUCCUGGGGAAAUUUCCAGAACUCUUUGCACAGUUCAAGUCCUUUCUGGGAGUAAAAGAGCUGUCCUUUGCACCACCUAUGAGUGACCGGUCUGGAGAUGGCAUAAGCAGAGAAAUUGACUACGCAUCUUGUAAGCGGAUUGGAUCCAGCUAUCGGGCACUUCCCAAGACCUACCAGCAACCCAAGUGCAGCGGGAGGACGGCCAUCUGCAAGGAGGUCCUGAAUGACACGUGGGUGUCCUUCCCAUCCUGGUCUGAAGACUCUACCUUUGUCAGCUCCAAGAAGACUCCAUAUGAGGAGCAGCUGCAUCGUUGUGAGGACGAGAGGUUUGAGUUAGACGUCGUCCUGGAGACCAACCUGGCCACCAUCCGAGUGCUGGAGAGCGUGCAGAAGAAGCUAUCACGGAUGGCACCUGAGGACCAGGAGAAGCUCCGCCUGGAUGACUGCCUCGGUGGCACGUCAGAGGUGAUCCAGCGCCGGGCCAUCCACCGCAUCUAUGGUGACAAGGCCCCCGAGGUCAUCGAGAGCCUCAAGAGGAACCCUGUCACCGCUGUGCCUGUCGUUCUGAAAAGGCUGAAGGCCAAGGAGGAGGAGUGGCGGGAGGCCCAGCAGGGCUUCAACAAGAUAUGGCGCGAGCAGUAUGAGAAGGCUUACCUCAAGUCCCUGGACCACCAGGCCGUGAACUUCAAGCAGAACGACACCAAGGCUUUGCGCUCCAAAAGCCUACUCAACGAGAUCGAGAGUGUCUAUGACGAGCACCAGGAGCAGCACUCGGAGGGCCGCAGCGCACCGUCCAGCGAGCCGCACCUCAUCUUCGUGUACGAGGAUCGGCAGAUCCUGGAGGACGCGGCGGCUCUCAUCAGCUACUACGUGAAGCGGCAGCCGGCCAUCCAGAAGGAGGACCAGGGCACCAUCCGCCAGCUGCUCCACCGCUUCCUGCCCAGCCUGUUCUUCUCGCAGCAGCGCCCCGGCACCUCCGACGACUCCGCGGACGAGCGCGACCGCGACGGGGAGCCUGAGCACAGGCGGCCCGCCGACGAGAAGCCCCCCGCCGACACGCCGCCUGAGCCGCCCAAGGCCCUGGACGACGUGUACAGCCUGUUCUUCGCCAACAACAACUGGUACUUCUUCCUGCGGCUGCACCAGACGCUGUGCGCGCGCCUGCUGAAGAUCUACCGGCAGGCCCAGAAGCAGCUGCUGGAGCAUCGGCGCGAGCAGGAGCGGGAGCAGCUGCUGUGCGAGGGCCGCCGCGAGAAGACCGCAGACCCUGCCAUGGAGCUGCGUCUCAAGCAGCCCAGUGAGGUGGAGCUGGAGGAGUACUACCCCGCCUUUCUGGACAUGGUGCGGAGCCUGCUGGAGGGGAGCAUCGACCCCACUCAGUAUGAGGACACGCUCCGCGAGAUGUUCACCAUCCAUGCCUACAUCGGUUUCACCAUGGACAAGCUGGUGCAAAACAUUGCUCGCCAGCUUCACCACCUGGUGAGCGACGACGUGUGUCUGAAGGUGGUGGAGCUCUUCCUGAACGAGCAGCAGCGCGGUGCAGCUGGAGGGAACCUGUCCUCCCGCUGUGUCCGGGCUGCCCGGGAGACCAGCUACCAGUGGAAGGCGGAGCGCUGCAUGGCUGACGAGAACUGCUUCAAGGUAAUGUUCCUGCAGCGCAGAGGACAGGUGAUCAUGACCAUAGAGCUGCUGGACACCGAGGAGGCGCAGGCAGAGGACCCCGUGGAGGUGCAGCACCUGGCUCGCUAUGUGGAACAGUACGUGGGCACUGAGGGUGCGUCCAGCUCGCCUACCGAGGGCUUCCUGCUGAAGCCUGUGUUCCUGCAGAGGAACCUGAAGAAAUUCCGGCGCUGGCAGUGCGAGCAGGUGCGUGCCCUGCGGGGUGAGGCCAAGAGCUCGUGGAAGCGGCUCAUGGGCGUGGAGAGCGCUUGCGAUGUGGACUGCCGCUUCCGCCUGGGCACACACAAGAUGGUGUUCAUUGUCAACUCCGAGGACUACAUGUACCGCCGUGGGACGCUGUGCCGUGCCAAGCAGUUGCAGCCCCUGGUGCUGUUGCGACACCACCGUCACUUCGAGGAGUGGCACAGCCGCUGGCUGGAGGACAACGUGACUGUGGCCGCCGCGGGGCUGGUGCAGGACUGGCUGAUGGGGGAGGAGGAGGAGGACAUGGUGCCCUGCAAGACGCUCUGCGAGACUGCACACGUGCACGGGCUGCCGGUAACGCGCUACCGCGUGCAGUACAGCCGCCGCCCUGCCUCGCCCUGAGCGUCCGGACGAGGCCCCAGCUCGGGAACCCCGCCCCACCCCACGUGUCAUGCCCCAACAGGACCUUUGCCACUUUAGCAAGGGCCGUAGCUCUUGCAGUGCAGGCCAGACCCGGGGCAACGGCAGGGGCCGUCCCCACGAGGGCAGCCCCCUCCCGCAAAGUUCUAGAUGCGUGUGCCAGUAUUUACCCCUUCCUGCGCUCCUAGUGGUUGUGACUUCCGCAGCAGCAGCUCCCCGGCUUCCACGGGUGAGACCUCCCUGUGGCCCCGCGAACCACCCGCUGUCCCGCAGCUGUCCCCCGCAGGCCCACGUGUCGCUGUGCCAAACCCAAGGUUCCAGAGAGCACUUGCUCUCCAGGUUUCCUGAGCCUUUGUUUCGACCCGGGCCUGGGCACUGGGGAGCAGGUGUGCCUACCCAGGCCCGACUGCGUGCCUCACCGGAGAUCAUGGCACCUUGAGCACACCAUCCUAGUUUCCUGGGAAGGAUGUUGCUCGUGGGGACCCUGAGCCUCCCAGGACUCUCUGGGCCUCCAUUCCCCAGUAAGGAAGUGGGGCCCCUUCGCAUGCUUCUGGGGAGCCGCUCCUUAAUGUUUUUGAGGGAUUUCUGUUCCAGCCUUGACCUCCCUUCGCAGCUGUUUUGAAUGUAGUUUUCUUUUUCUAUUUAUUUGCACAUUAAAGUUAAAUAUUGACGCCAAA